AUGGUGCAACACAAUCUGUAUUACAAUUAUUUGGUCCCACAUCCCAUAGGAAGGCUGCCCAUCGAAACACUGGAACAGAUAUUCAUCGAAUGCGCCAGAAAUGCCUAUCAUCCCAAUACUGUGUUCACGUCAGAAGAAGACGACCACGACGCCUCUCCAAGGUGGGUAGAAAUCACAUGGGUCUGUCGUCUGUGGUGUAGAAUCUCGCUUGCCUGCCCUCAUCUAUGGAUCCAAACCACCACUCAUCCCAGCCAUCGACGGGUCCAAGAGCUUUUGAAGCGCUCGCGGAAUUAUCCACUCGUUCUCGAACUCAGCACCGUCCACUCCCGCUUCAGCGAUAUCACAGCCGUCAUCUCCGCCAAUGCCUUUCGAAUCAAGGAGCUCUAUCUCGGCGACGUAGGGGCGAAUAAUCGAAAGCUGAGACGAGUACUCGACGGGAGGCUGACCGCCUCUGCACCCCUGCUAGAGAACUUCGUCUUGGACACCGAUCUGUACGAGAUUCGAGAUGACAUGUUUUCGGGACAUGCCCCCCGCUUGCGUCGUCUAUGGCUUGGAGACUCGAUGUCGGUCAGCGUCACGUAUUCCCUAUUGGGUAGUCUUCGCGAACUCAGAUUACGCGAGACUUACAAUACGGACUAUCUGCUCGACUUGCUCCAGCGCACACCGCUCCUCGAAUCUCUCAAGGUCAGGAGGUUGAAUCCAGGUGACCAGUACUCUGGAGACAAAAUACGUCUUCCUCACCUCUCCAGGUUGCACAUCCGAUUCAGUGAAUACCGGCAAUUCGUGGAUUUUUUCGAACCGCUCCAGAUUCCUCCGACGGUCCACUUCCAGCUGACCUUAAGGAAAUCAGGCACUGAAGAAGAGUACGCAGCUGUGCUCAAUGUAAUCCCUGACCGACUUCGCGGUAUCGGUAAGUCUGCAGGCCCUUUAUACGCCAAGAUAGAACUCAAGCCGGAGAAGGGGUGGUCGAUCGCCUGGUACCCUAUGAUCGAAACACUUGACGAUCCUACCGGAGACCGGAGACCACGGCGAGCGCUGCUCGAACACGACGGCGCUAUGAUGAACGACGUGCAGUGUAUGGUCGACCGCCUAAGCCCCCUGACGGACGUGCACGCACUGCAGUUGACCCUGACUUUGCCAAGCGACCCCGUCGUCGUGAAACGCCUCAGCGAGGAGGGCUCGUUGCAAUACCCAAACUUCAAGACAUGGGCCCCGAUCCUUAGCGCGAUGUCCAACGUACGCAUCCUCAAACUGGCGUGCGACGCCAUUGCGGGCGUUCUGAUGGCCCUCACCUCCGAUGAUAGUGUCAGAGAGACCCCUCUGCUUCCCAAACUCUCCAAGCUUGUCAUCGUGAAAAGUGGGCUGCCAGAUCUACGAUCAAAUGACUACCCGCCUCGGUUGAACAUUGGCGGGGUUCUAGAGGCGUUCCUUUCAAAGAGGCUUGAACACGGUCUGCGAGUAGAACAUUUGUCGAUCAAUGACGACGUUGGGUGCGACAUGGAGCAUAUGUAG